CAGUAGGAAAAUAUUUUACCACAAAAGCCAGAAAGCAUUAUGCCUGCUAAAGACGUAAAACUGUACUGACCCAUUAUUUGGUAAGAUUCUGUCAUGAAAAUGACGACCGCCUUGUGCUAUUUGAUAAGCAUCCUUACCAUCUGUGCCCUAAUGGAAAAUUCAUUACAUUUCCUACUAAUCUGAUCUCUACCCAGACCGUAAGUAAGACAAAAGCAUUUGAUGUUUAACCUGAGUCUCGCUAAUUUCAUUUUCUCAAAGCAGAUUUAUUUCAGUAGCUUGGUCUGUCUUAACAAAGGAUGUUCUCAAAGGAAAACAUCUAAAAUAAUAGCAGAAAGCCUUUGGCUAAAGCUUUCUGAUUGUAUGUACAAAUCAUGCUAGCUGGUAAAGAGCAGUUACAAGAAAGUUUGUAUUUCAACGAAUAAGAUAAUUCAAAUUAUUUAUAUUUUACUUUGAGUACUAAUGUAGAGAAUGCCAAGAAAAUGCCAGUUAAAUUUGUAUAUAAAAAUUCUUUAACAUAUAUCAUUAUGUGAGUUGUAUUAUAUUGUAAACAGAGAUAACUUACAAAGCAUCGGAUUUUCCUAACAUCUUAAUUAAAAUAAUUCCUCACAGUAAAAUCUCACCAUACAAUAUAAGCCAUGUUAUUACACAGCAAUCUUUUAAAAUAUCCUUAAAGUACAAGCCACACAAAAAAUUAAAGUAAUUAGGUACUGAUACAUCCGAAUUCAGUCUGAUAAAGUACAUCUUAAAAUGAAGUAUGUCCUCAGUAGCACUGGCUACAGUAGAAGAGUGAUUCUACGAAGUGGAAUUACUUUCCCAGCUCAUAAGCGUCCAAAUGUCUGAACUGCAUGUGAAGAUGAAACCCUACUCAGUGGGUGCCGCUCUACAUGCACUUAACACUCUGCUUACCCAGCUGCCCUUUACCUGGAUGCUAAGGGCAUUUACUCCUAGGGUUUUCUUUUCUUUUUAACUUCUGCUUUUCAUAAUUUCUAUUCCUUCUGUUUCUUAGCAUUCAGGUUAAACAGACAGAUUAUCUCUUGAGAAACUCAAAGGUUGCUGUAACAAGACACUAGAUCUCAAGUUCAGCACAGCAGGUUAAUUACCUAGAAACCAUUCUGCUUACCAUAAGAUAUGGGAACCAGCUACCAUUUGUAGAUUCAAAUCAAAGCUAACAGAAGUGGCAAUAAGAGACAGAAACACCUUAACCAAAGAAGAUUCCAAACAGCAGUACAAGAAGUGGAGUCUCAAGGAUGGCCUCCAGCCACUGGAAUGAAACCACAACCUCUGUUUACCAGUACCUUGGGUUUCAAGUGCAAAAGAUUUACCCUUUCCAUGAUAACUGGAACACUGCCUGCUUUGUCAUCCUGCUUCUGUUCAUAUUUACUGUGGUGUCCUUGGUUGUGCUGGCUUUCCUUUAUGAGGUACUUGACUGCUGCUGCUGUGCAAAGAACAAAACUGUGAAGGACUUGAAAAGCGAGCCGAAUCCUCUUAGAAGUAUGAUGGACAACAUCAGAAAACGUGACAGUGAGGUGGUCUAGCCUUCCACAGAAGAUAAACAAAAGCUUUAAGAACAGCCGUCCGCCUCUUCUGAGGAAAAUGAAACUUUCCUGAGGCCAACCUUUAUUACAAAAUUGAUCUGACUUUGAAUGGCUAAAAGAAUUCUAGUAGAAAAGAAAACAUGUGAAAUGUGCACUCUCGUGUAUGUAUCCUCAUUAAAUAUGCAGUUCAUAGUGUGAA